AUGUCCAACAGCAGCUCCAUCACACAGUUCCUCCUCCUGGCAUUCGCAGACACACGGGAGCUGCAGCUCUUGCACUUCUGGCUCUUCCUGGGCAUCUACCUGGCUGCCCUCCUGGGCAACGGCCUCAUCAUCACCACCAUCACCUGUGACCACCACCUCCACACCCCCAUGUACUUCUUCCUCCUCAACCUCUCUGUUCUAGACCUGGGCUCCAUCUCCACCACUGUCCCCAAAUCCAUGGCCAAUUCUCUCUGGGACACAAGGGCCAUUUCCUACUUGGGAUGUGCGACACAGAUAUUUUUUUUCUUUUCCUGUGCUACAGCAGAGUUUUAUCUCCUCACUGUCAUGUCCUACGACCGCUACGUUGCCAUCUGCAAACCCCUGCACUACGGGACCCUCCUGGGCAGCAGAGCUUGUGUCCACAUGGCAGCAGCUGCCUGGGGCGCUGCGUUUCUCAAUGCUCUGCUGCACACGGCCAAUACAUUUUCCCUGUCCCUCUGCCAGGGCAAUGUUGUGGAUCAGUUCUUCUGUGAAAUCCCACAGAUCCUCAAGCUCUCCUGCUUAGAUUCUGAUCUCAAGGAAGAUGGGCUUCUUGUAGUCACUGCGUUUUUUGGUUUUGGUUGUUUUGUUUUCAUUGUGGUGUCCUAUGUUCAGAUCUUCAGGGCUGUGCUGAGGAUCCCCUCUGAGCAGGGACAGCACAAAGCCUUUUCUAUGUGCCUCCCUCAUCUGGCCGUGGUCUCCCUUUUUCUCAGCACCUCGUUUUUUGCUUACCUGAAGCCCCAAUCAAUCUCUUCUCCAUCCCUGGACCUGGUGGUUACUGUUCUCUACUCAUUGGUGCCUCCUGUAGUAAACCCCCUCAUCUACAGCUUGAGGAACCAGGAGCUCAAAGAUGCUCUUAAAAAGCUAUGUAACUGCUGA